AAGAGAGGAGAGUAGAUGACAAAUUUUGAUUGUGAUGCCACCGUAAUGUGACUUAUCAAGCUGAUUGCUCCUAAGCCAUUACAACAUCUAAGGGACAGACUAUAAAAUGUCGAUGUAACAAACCUUCUCUUUUACUGAACAUCCAACAGCCAUGGCUGUCGACUAUAUUUUUAUAUCUUGUGUCAGCUACUUGCUGAUCGUUUCUUUCCGAGAGCAGUUCAUCGAUCAAAGUCUUCUUUGUUUUCAGGUAAUCAAUCGCUGGAGCAAUAAUUGUCAAUCAGGUGAGCGUUUGGUGUGGCUCGAAUUCUCAUCCACUCCCCACCAACCAGAGCGGAAGGAAUUAAGCAGCAUGAUGAGCGGCAAUCUGAAGCUUGGCGUCGAAGUCGUCAGCGCCCAUGACCUUAUAGGCAAGGACGGCCAGGGGACCGUCAGCGCCUACGUGGAGCUCGAAUUCGACGGCCAAAAGUUCCGCACCACCGUCAAGGAGAAGGACGUGAACCCCGUCUGGAACGAGAUAUUCUACUUCAAUAUCUCCGACCCCUCCGCGCUCUCCGACCGCCACCUCGAGGCCUUCGUCUACCACGCCAACCGCGGGUCCAGAUUCCAGUCUUGCAUUGGCAAGGUCCGCAUCGCCGGCACCUCCUUCGUCCCAUACACCGACGCCGUCGAACUGUUCUACCCCUUGGAGAAGCGGGCUCUGUGGUCGCGUGUCAAGGGCGAGCUCGGCCUCAAGGUGUUCCUAACCAACGACCCUUCGAUUCGCGCUUCGAAUCCGAAGCCGGCGGUUGAGCCGCUCUUGAAUAUUCCGGCGGGCGGUAGCCAAGCGGAGGCAGUGGUCGCGGCGGCCACCGAGAGCUUUUUCCAGGAUACCCGACCAGACUCGGUGCCUGUCCGCACUUUCCACCAUCUUCCCAGAGAUCCAGAGCAGCUGUUCUACUCCGCUGGUGCCCCGGCGGUGGAGGAGUCCGUCAGAACCAGGCACGUGGGCAGUGAGAUGAAGGCCGAGCCGCCGCGGGUGAUGAGGAUGUUGUCGUCGUCGGCACAACAGCCGGUGGAUUUCCAGCUCAAGGAAACUAGCCCUUAUCUCGGCGGCGGUCGUAUCGUUGGCGGUCGGAUGAUCCCCAGCGAGAAGGCCGGCGCGUUUGAUCUGGUGGAGAAGAUGGAGUACCUGUUCAUCCGAGUGGUGAAGGCCCGCGACCUGCCGGCGAAGGACAUCACCGGCAGUCUCGACCCCUACGUCGAGGUGCGUCUCGGCAACUACAAAGGCACCACCAGGCACUUCGAGAAGAACCAGAACCCGGAGUGGAACCAGGUGUUCGCCUUCCCCAACGAGCGGGUGCAGGCCUCUGUCGUCGAGGUGGUGCUCAAAGACAAGGACGUCGUGAAGGACGACUUCGUCGGCAUCGUGCGCCUCGACCUCCACGAGAUCCCCACGCGCGUGCCCCCCGACAGCCCGCUCGCUCCCGAGUGGUACCGCCUCGAGGGCAAGAAGGGCGAGAAGCUGAGCAAGGGCGAGCUUAUGCUCGCCGUGUGGCUCGGCACGCAGGCCGACGAGUCCUUCGCCUAUGCCACGCACUCCGACUCCAUCCCCGCCGUCGACCCGCACACCCUGAGCAACUUCAUCCGCGCCAAGGUGUACCACGCGCCGCGGCUCUGGUACGUCCGAGUCAACAUCAUCGAAGCCCACGAUGUGUUCGCGUUCGACAAAAGCAGGGUCCCCGACGUGCUCUGCAAGGUCCGCCUCGGCAACCAGAUGCUGCGCACGAAGGCGAUCCUGUCCCGCACCGCCAAUUUUUUGUGGAACGAGGAGUUUAUGUUCGUGGCCGCCGAGCCCUUCGAAGAGGACCUCGUCCUCUCCGUGGAGGACCGCGUCGCCCACAACAAGGACGAGGAGAUUGGCCGCGUGCACAUCCCCCUGACCACCAUCGACAAGCGCGCCGACAACCGGAUCAUCCACUCGCGGUGGUGGAACCUGAAGAAGCACGUGGCGCUGGACUUGGAUCAGCUGAAGGAGGCCAAGUUCUCCAGCAAGAUCCACGCCCGCAUCUGCCUCGACGGCGGCUACCACGUUCUCGAUGAGUCGACGCAGUACAGCAGCGACCUGCGCCCCACAGCGAAGCAGCUGUGGAAGCCCCCCAUCGGCUUGCUCGAGCUCGGCAUCCUCAAUGUCGCCGGGCUUCACCCGAUGAAGACCCGCGAGACGCGGGGCACCUGCGACCCUUACUGCGUCGCCAAGUACGGCCACAAGUGGGUGCGCACGCGCACCGUCGUCGACGAGUUGAACCCGCGGUUCAACGAGCAGUACACGUGGGAUGUGUACGACCACGCCACCGUGCUCACCGUCGGCGUCUUCGAUAACUGGCAACUCGUGGAGAAGGAUUCCGGCUCCAACGGCGGAAACAAGGACGUGAAGAUUGGGAAAGUGAGAAUCCGGCUCUCCACUCUCCAAACAGGGCGCAUUUACACCAACUCCUAUCCCCUGCUCGUCCUCCACAACUCCGGCGUCAAGAAGAUGGGAGAAAUCCACCUCGCGAUCCGCUUCUCCGUCACGUCGAUGCUGAGCACCAUAUACAUCUACUCGAAGCCGCUGCUGCCGAAGAUGCACUACGUGCUGCCGCUGCCCAUAAUCCAGCAGGAGCUGCUCCGGCACCAAGCCGUCCAGAUCGUGGCCGCGCGGCUGAGUCGGAUGGAGCCGCCACUGCGGAGGGAAGUGGUAGAAUACAUGUCGGACGCUCAUUCCCACCUGUGGAGCAUGCGCCGUAGCAAGGCCAACUUCUUCAGGCUGAUGGCGGUCUUCUCCGGCCUGUUCGCUGUCUGGAAGUGGUUCGACAACGUGUGCUCGUGGAAGAACCCCGUGACCACCAUCUUGGUGCACAUCUUGUUUGUAAUGCUGGUUUGCUUCCCGGAACUGAUCCUGCCGACGGUUUUCGUCUACAUGUUUCUCAUCGGUGUGUGGAACUACCGGUUCCGGCCGCGCUAUCCGCCUCACAUGAACACGAAGAUCUCGCACGUGGAGGCAGUGCACCCCGACGAACUGGACGAGGAAUUCGACACGUACCCAACGAGCCGGAGCCCAGAGAUAGUGAGGAUGAGGUACGACCGGCUAAGGAGUGUGGCCGGAAGGAUACAGACGGUGGUCGGCGACAUAGCCACGCAGGGAGAGAGGCUGCUCCUGCUGCUGACGUGGAGGGAUCCGCGGGCCACCGCUAUGUUCUUGGUGUUCUGCCUGUGCGCGGCCAUGGUGCUCUAUGUGACGCCUUUCCAGAUUAUAGCUGCCGUCUGCGGAUUCUACUACAUGAGGCAUCCGCGGUUCAGGCACAAGCUGCCGUCGGCGCCUCUGAAUUUCUUCAGGCGAUUGCCGGCGAGGACCGACAGCCUGCUUUAGAGCAGGAAGUAGUUUGUUUGGAGCUGCUUGGAUUGGUUGAUCUUGUUCACUUGUACACUGUAAUUUGUAGAUGUUUAGGACGUUUACUCCAAAUUCUGUACUUAUGUGUUCCUAUUCAGCGAUCUGCAUAAACCAUCCAAUAAAUCCGUCCUUUAUUAGUUAA